GGAAUCUUUAUAUUAGAUUACAUUGUCUUACAAUAUUACAAAACCUUACAAUUACCUAAACGAAACUAGCCUAGUCGAUAGAAUCUAAGAAAAGGAACUUUAAUCCAAGUUUUUUUGUUUUGUUUACUGUCAAGCUGAUGAUCCACACUCCAGUCCAGAAGGUGGCUGUAAUGCUAUAAGUUGGCUGCCAGCCGCCAAAAAAGAAAGAAGAAUAAGAACUUCCUGGUCAACAAAAGUCUCUAAAUUUUUAUUAUUAUGGCAUAUGUAUUAGAUUAAUCGUUCAGUUUAGCUGUCUAUAUCAUAUUUGAUUCGAUGUGUUUCUUAGUCCUUUUUUUAAUAAGAUACAGGUUUUCCCUUAUGGUAACGUGGUAAUUGGUUGUUGUUUUUUUGCGCAUGCAUUUUGUCACUUCCGCAAGUUUCCACGCGUUACCAUCCAGCGUUUAUGCAAAAUGUCAUGGAGUACCUGUGUUCUGCGUGUAUUAUUCUGCACAAGACUCGUAGGGGAAUUUCAGCGACACUCUCGGAUUUGCCUCAGUCGAGCAGUAGGUUGGCCCAGCAUUCAGAUAGCAGGGAAGAAACACCAGAUUGAGCUUCCGGUAUUAAACGAAGAAGAUUUGGAAGAACAGUUUGUCCGCGGCUCCGGUCCAGGCGGACAAGCAACUAAUAAAACCAGUAACUGUGUUGUGUUAAAACAUGUGCCAACUGGUGUAGUUGUAAAGUGUCACCAGACAAGGUCGGUGGAGUUAAACAGGAAGCGUGCGCGAGACAUCCUGCAGGAGAAACUCGACGUCGUUUACAAAGGGGAAGAGAGCGAGCUGUUAAAACAGAGGGAAGAAUCCAGGAUAAGAAAACAAGUAAAACGAAGGAAAGUCAAUGAAAAUAUAGAAAAAAAGAGACAGUUUAAAAAAACACUAGCAGCUGACUUGAAGCAUGAAGAGGAGAGUGGGUGAUUCAUAACUUGUGGACAGGUCAAUGGAUGAACAGUGCCAACAGUAAUAUGCUCAUACACUCGCACAAUUCUGUGAUUAGGAUAACUACUGGUAUUUUAUAUCUACCAGUAAUCUGAACUUUAAUAUUAUUCAGUCAAAGUACUGUAGCCAUUACAACUUCCAUAACUGUUAAGUAAAUAUAUUAAAUCAUAAAGGCCACCACAUUGAUAAUUACAGGUUUUAGCAUGUGUGAUAUAUAAUUUUUUUAUUUUAUUUUUUGCAACGGUCAUAAUUCUGUUAACAUUCAGCACAAAUACAAUUUACAGUGUUUGGUUAAUUUGGUGACAUAUGGAAAUGCAUAUAAAAAACAAAGGCUCAACACACACAUGAAUAUAUAGCUGUGGAUAUUUUAUAAGGAUAUAUUUCAUAAGGAUAUAUUUCUUAAAUUAACAAUUUUGGGUUAAGGUAAAUAUAAAUAAUGUGUAAAGUACAUUACUGUAUUUUGCUGAGGCACUUUUGGAGAUAAAGUAUGGUCAUGUAAA